AUGCUGCAUAUUGUGGUAGGGGGCCAUCUGGAAUUAGCCAGUUUAGAUAUAGAGGAAACAAAGAAAAUGUUGAAGAACAAAGCAACGAAAUUCUUGAAGAGGAUAACACUAGUUUUGGCAUCAAUGGCCAAGGCUAAAACUUUAGCUUUCAAGAGCAAAACCCAUGAUUUGAAAGCUCGUUUGAUGAUAUUCUCUAUGUUAAGGCACAAGAAGAUUCUGAUAAGCUCCAUCUCCCAGAAACUCCAUUCCAUCAUGGGCCAGCAGGAGCAUGGCAAAGAUCAAGAAGAUGGAGAUAAUAACGUAGGAGACCAAAGCAAGGCCAUUGUGCUCUACAACUACGGCUCCAUUUCCCUCCCCAAUCCCACUUCGCUGGAGAAUUAUGAUCACGACGAUGAACUAGACGAUGUCUACGGCUGUGGCUAUGGCUACAGUUAUGAAGAAGGAGAUGAUGCAGAGAAGUUUCCAGACCUAACCCACUCGUUGUUUGAGUCAGAUAUAGAGUUUGAAGAUCCAGGAGGGUCAGUGAUAGAUUUGGUGAAGAAUUCAAAAAAAGAAGGGGAGGAGUUCAGGUUAGAAGAUGAGAUAGACCAUGUUGCAGACCUGUUCAUAAAGAGGUUCCACCGCCAGAUAAGGAUGCAGAAGCAGCUCUCCAUCAAGAGGCAAAAGGAGAUGCUUAAAAGGAGUGCCUGA